AUGGACUUCAUCAUAAAAGUAGGAAUAGAUGGUCAUUAAUUCCUUUUGACACUUUCACCUGAAAAUAAACGGUAUUUAUUGCAAAAUAUCUUAGGUUACAAUAUCUAUAAGAAUAAAUUUAAAAUGAAACAAAAGUAGAAGUGAAAAAUUAAUUACUUUUGACAAAGAAAGGAGUAAGAUUGGAAGAUUUAAAUUAAUUUGAUGUUGAUUAAUAAUUGCAAUAAACUGUUUAAUAAUUUCAAGAUGAAUAAAAAUUUUAUGUAAUAAACUCUAUAUUAUUGGAAUAGACUAUUUAUUUAUUUGAUUUAAGUGAAAAUCCAGAACAAGUUACUUUUCCAUUCCCUAAAUAUGAGCCUAAAAUGGACUUAAAAUAGUUGUUACUAUCAGAUUAAGCAAAAGAAACUUUAGUUAAUUUGAACACAAACUUACUUAAUCAUGAAAAAAUAUUUUUUUAGCAUUUACAAAAUUUAAAGAAUAAAUAUAUACCUUAUUAAUAAAAGGUUAAACAAUUAGAAAAGAUUGGUUAAGAUUUGGAAAAUUAAAUUUAAUCAUUUGAUAUUGUAUUAAAAAUGAGUAGAACUACAUAUAAGACAACUAAGGCUAAGAAAGAGGAAUUGACAAAAAAAUAAAAAGAAUCAUUAGAAAGAAAUUUAUAAACAGUUAAAAAAUUUGAUGAUAGUUUAGAAUAGUUAAAAAAAAUAGAAUUACAUGCUGCUUUACAAACAAAUUCAUAAAAAUAUUUAAGUGAUAUUUAUUAUAAACCAGAAUCAAUGCUUAAAUGGAAAAAUAGUUGUUUGAAUACUUAAUAAAAUUUAAAAUAAAAGAUUGAUAAAUUAAGUUAAGCUAUAUCAAAAUCAAAAUAAAAGAUUAAAAAUGAAAAAACAGAAAAUAUGACUCAAUGUUUAUCAAGUUAUAAAGCAAAUUAGUAAUAAUAUUAAUAAUUCAUUCAAGAAAAUAAAUCACUAUUAUAAUCUGUUGUUUAAUCUACAAUUGAUGGUAAGAGUAUUAAUUAUAAUUAGAAUACAAUACCUUAAGAUAAUAUAUGAUUGAUUUUUCUUAAGAUAUUAAUGAUGAACCAGCUAUGUAUUAUUUAUCUUAAUUUGAAUUAUCAUAAGAGCAAUUAAAAUAAUUUGAAGAUGCUGUUAUUCAUUUAGGUGAUCAUUUAGAAAAAAGUAUCUUAUUUUAUAUAUAUAAUCUUAGCUAAAUAAGUAUUUAUGUAAUUUAACUAAUUAAAAUAAUAAAAUAUGUCUAAAAUUUUGAAAGUUUUUUAAAAUUUAAGAGCUCUUGACAAAGAAUUUGAAUAACACAACGAAAAAAUUAGAUAAUAUGAUGAAGAAGUUGAGAAAAUGGAGAAAGAUUUUUCAUAUCUUUUAAAUCCUGUUUUAUUACCAUAAGCAUAUUAAUAAGCAUUAAUAGAAACUAGUAGAAGGAAAGAAUUUAGAGAUAUUUUUGAUAAGAAAAUUAAAUCUUUAAUGUCAAUAAUAGAUUAAGAAAAAGACAAAAGGAAGAAAUUUUUAUAAUAAUACGGUAGAAUAUUACCAUAAGAUUUUAUUGGGUAAUUAAAGAACUUAACUCCAUCAAUAUAAAUCAUAAAUGCUUUUGUAGAUGCUGAAUUACCAAAUAUAACAGGAUUGCAUACUGAUACUUUUAAGAAAAGAUAGGAUAAUGAUUUAGAUUAAUUAAAAUAAUAAAUAGAAGAUUUAAAUUAGUAAUGUAAACAAACUCAUUUGUUUUAUUAAGAGAAAACUACAAAAAAAUCUUCGACUUAUGUUGAAUUAUUAUAAUUGACAGCAAAAAAUUCAAUGAAAAUGUUUAUUUAAAGAGCUGAAAAUAAACCAUUGUCAUCAAUAGAUGUUAAUUCAGAUAAAUCUUAAAGAGAAAAUGAUUCAAAAUUAAUUAACUUAAAAAAUGAAUUUAGUGAAUAAUUAAAUAAUUAAAGAUAAGAAUAUGAGAAAUUGAAAAUUAAAUUAUAAAAGUAAGAAUAAGAUUUUGAAUCUAAAUUAGUUGAAAUAGAUACAAAAAAUAGUUUAAUUACAGAACUUUAAUAAAAGUUAGAGUUUUUAUAAAACAACACUAUAAAAUUAAAGGAUGAUUUAAAUAAAUUUGUUAGUAAAUGUGAAAAUUUAGAAAUUAAUUUAAUAUAAAAGAAUAGUGAAAUAUCUAAAUUACAAUAAUAGUAAAAAUAACUAAAUGAUUAAUUAACAUAAUCUAAAUAAAUUUAAUAAGAUUUACUUAAAUAUAAAUAAUCAUUCUAAUAAUAAUAUGAAAAUCAAAAUGAUCAAAUUAAUGAAUUAGAUUUAUUAAAUAAAUAAUAUCUUUAAUAAGUAUAGGAUUAUUAUACUUAAGUAGAAACUGUUUAAAAUGAAAAUGAAAAAUUAAAAUAGAAAAUUAAGAUGUUGGAAUUAGAAAGAGAUAAUAAAUAAAUAGAAUUAGAAAAAUAAAAUUAAGUUUAUAAUGAAUUAUUAGAAGAUUAUAUAGAAAAGAAUUCCCUAUUAGAAAAUUUGAAUGAAGAAUAAAUUAAAAAAUCCUAAAAAGACUAAAAAUUAGAAGAAGAUUAAAAAUCACUUUAAAAUAAAGUUGACAAUUUAGAUUUAGCACUUCAAUAAAAGAAUAAUGAAAUAAUUUUAUUGAAAAAUCAUGAUUAAUUAUAAUUAUUAAAAGUAUAGGAUGAUUUUAAGGAAGUAUAAUAAUAAUAUGAGGAUAAAAUUAAUUGUUUAACUUAAGAGAAUCUAGAGAUGACAAUAUAAAUUUAAUCAUUAAAGGGUUAAAUUGAAUAUUUAAAUUAAAAAUAGAAAUCUGAAAAUAUUAUUGAAGUUCAAUAAAAACUAAAAUUGUCUGAUCCUUAAUUUUUAUUUGACUUGUCUAGUGUUUAAAUUGGCAAAUAGAGCAUAUUUAUUCCAGCAUAAAAUGAUGUUUAUGUUCCAUUAUUACUAAAAAACAUUUAGAUUUCAAAUAUUUCAGAUGAUUCCUUAUCAAAUACUAGCAUAGAUUCAUCAAUCAAAUAAAAACAAUAUAGAGUUUAAUUAGCAUCAAUUCCAUAGACAUUAAGAGAAUUUAUUAUGUAAUUUAUAUUUAAUUUUUAGUGAUACUGGUUUACUAUUCAUAUCAGAAGUUAGUAAUAUCACAGAAACAGAAGAGUACUUUUAGAUUAGUGUGAAACAACCAAAUUAUAUUAUAGGAUUUGAAGGUUAGGAUAAUUAAAUCAAGAGUUUUACUCUUUGA